AUGGCCGACGUGGAGAUGAAAGAUUCUAGUGCAGCCUCCUCAAAGGGCAAGGCUGUCGCAACAACCUCUGAUAGUACCAGCGAUGGUAAGAAGAAGUUUGAAGUGAAGAAGUGGAACGCUGUUGCUCUUUGGGCUUGGGACAUUGUUGUUGAUAACUGUGCUAUCUGCCGAAACCACAUUAUGGACCUGUGUAUCGAGUGUCAAGCAAACCAAGGAUCUUCAACAACGGAGGAGUGCACUGUCGCUUGGGGUAUCUGCAAUCACGCCUUCCACUUCCACUGCAUCUCGAGAUGGCUGAAGACCCGUCAAGUGUGUCCGCUGGAUAACCGUGACUGGGAGUUCCAGAAGUAUGGUCGGUAG